AGAGCUUCCAGGUUGGGACGGACCCGCGUCGGCAGAGCGCGUCCCUCAGAACAGAGGUCCCAUGCUAGAUUCGCAAUUCCAGAUUCACUUGCAGCUCCCGAGCUCUGCCACCACCACUUGCUCCCCCACCACCUAGACGGAGCCCAGGCUGUCGCAUUUAAUAUUCCAGCACCGGCCGACCCUGGCCCGGAUGGAGACCAUUCCCAAUGGCUACCUUGACCGAUAGAACCUAUUUUCCGCCGCUUGAAGAAUGUCUAAGCGGCAAGAAAAUAAUCCUCUCCUGGAGACUUGUCGCUGCUGCCCUCGAAGAUCUGUCAUGCGACCGACUCACUAGCGCCGCCGUGUCGGCCUUCCUCCGAGAUGGUUACGUUCACCAGUUGCUUAGGGAGCCCACCAAGACCUUCGCCCCGCCCACGAACCAGACCAAGCUCGAUUUUGAGACCAAGACCGGGGCCAUCAACGUUGUGCCCUCGCCGAAUGACCCCUACAACCUCGAUACCAUCAAGGGCGAUGCGCAAUGGCUGAGCAAGAACAUCAAGACCAACGAGGUGGCCGCCCUCCGCGUUGUGCUUAUAGAAUACCAGUCGCGCGCUCACAGCCAUCUCACCGGUCCGCUAUCUACACAAGAUGUCGCCAACAUCCAAGAAGCUGCCGGGGUUGGGGACGCGCAGGCCUCGGCCAUCCUGGCCUCACUGAACGCGACAACAGUCGCCGAUGCUGAAUCAACCUGGGCCGACUUCGAAAGCGAGACAACCCGCCGCCAGCGACUACUGUCCACCUACCUCUCCGAGCGGCGCUCCUUCCUGGGGGCCGUCGAUGCGCUCCUCUCGUUUCUUUUACACUCUUGUUCGCCGGACGCCGGCUCGGAACUGAAGCCCUUGCGGGACGCCGUGUUGCAGGAGGCGUUUGGCUUUGACGACAACGCGACGAAGCCCGACAUGUCCCGUCUUGACGCCCUCGCGCCGACAUACAUCCGCACGCUCGAUGGCUGCUUCGUCCGGAUCCACGCGCCACCGGAAUCCCUCGACCUUCAAAUCCUAACGGCGCAGUUGGAGGUCGACUGGGUCAGGACCGCACUCACCGAGGCCAUCCACGCCAUGUCAUUGAUCUUCCAGAUUUUGGACCUUAAAGCCUCGCAUUUUGCAACACCCGAGAUUGUAACCCAGUGGUUUGAGCUCAUGGACGCGUGUGAAUUCUUUGCUCCCGUUGCGGGGGGCCAUGAGCUUGUUGCUGAGCUGGUCAUGCCGCUGCACAGUCUGAUCAGUGCCAUCUCGUUGAAGGUGCUCAACAUCGACCGGACGCUUUUAUACCUAGACCAGGACGUUGAUCUCCUGGAGGACGAGGAGCCUUACCUGGCUUCGUCCGACGCCCUCACCAAGAUACACACCACGGUGGCGGCUGCUGCCAAUGCCGGCUUAGCCACAACAAUGCCGCUUGUAUUCGCCUGGUCCCUCAUUCUACACCAGAUGCAUAUAGGCUACCAAGAGCGAGCCGAGCGGCGCGAUCUACUACAAAAUCAACGGGCCCAGGCCGGCUUCGAGCUGGAAUAUGAGCCAUCUGGGACCUCUGGGCGUCAGCGGAGGAACUCGGCUGGAAGUAUUGUCUCCAUCGAGGCGUCGUCGUAUGAUGUCUUCCUUGCCUCCCAGCAGCUCGAGCGCAACAUCGAGCCGGCAGAAAAUAUGGCCAGGAUGGCCACUUCACAAGGCCAACUCUACGGGCUCCUGGCUGAAAUGGCGGUAUGCUUGGGAAGCGGCCAAGGUGCCGCAUUCCGGCCGGUGCUAGGCGCCCGCGCCCGCUUGGUUUUCCAGGACCUCCUCAAGCGGAGUGCCCAUUACGUUGGGUAUCAGUCGGAACCCGUCGAGUGCCUCCUCUCCAUUCUCUCAGGAGGCAGCCAAUAUUGGGAUAUCACUCCGAAAAUCCCUUCCAACGAGAAGGCUUCGCUCGACAUCUACACCCGCAUGCUAAAUGACGAUAUCCUGAGCGCGCAAUAUACCUCCCAAUCUCAGAGCCGCUUCCCCUACGAAUUCCUCCCGUUCUCCUCUAUCUGCCGCAUCCUAUCGGCAGCCCUGAUAACGGACAACGACAACGCCGAACUCAUCACUAAUUUGCUCAUCAAAACCCCGAGCCUGACUGUUGACUGGGACCCGCGGUGGGACAGGUCGUACGAGCUGGUCUUCGAGGAGGAGAACACAAACUCGUUCCGCUUGACCAAAGACAUCGACCUCUUCGACGCAACGCCAAAGUCCAACAGGCGAAUCUCGCCCGAGGAGAGGUCCACGAUGCCCUCCGGGACAUACGGCCGCUUCGUCACCGACGUUGGGAGGGUUGCCAAGCUGGAAUUCGAACACUGCACGCUGGCUCUCUUCGGGAAACGUCUCGAGGUGAACCUCAUGGCAGGGGCCUACGACACCGGGCUGGGAUACCUGACGGUGGAUGAACUUAUCGAGGGAAUAUCGCUGUUAGCAACAGUGCUGCGCGCUGAGGCCCUCAAAUCCUCGAAGACGGACGCCGACCGAGGCUUGAGGAUCUUGACCGAGGCUAGCCGCUUGCUUCCGCAGGGCAAGGACAUCUUGAGCAUCAUCUGCGAUACACUCGAUAGUCUGGUGGAGGAGGAUCUCGCGGAUCUAGAUGGCCCCAAGAUCGCUGCCCUGUCAGCUUGCCUUCAGUUUUUGUAUGCGGCACUCCCGGUAUGCCCGGGCCGGGUUUGGGCCUACAUGGCACGCUGUGCGCUCAUCAACAGCGACACCCGGUCGGGCCGCCUGUCGAGAAUCACAGCAAACCUCGACAUGUUCGCCGAGAGGUACGACCUGCUUUUGUCUGCCGUGAAGCUCUUCUCUAGCCUCGUGGAGAGCGCCAUGACAAGCGCCGUCCAAAGGAGACCGGGGAUCAGUGUCAACAGCCGCACUAAAGGAGAAGAGAAUCCCUGGAUUGGGGCUUCUGACAAGAUCGUGUCUCGGGUAUCUCUCUCCAUUGCCCAAACAGGCAUCGACGUCUUCGAGAACUCGGCCACGUGGAGGUUCCCCUCUGAGGUCGACCGUAGCGUCUUGGUCCGGGACGUGGUAGGCAUCAUGCAAAAGCUGGUGACCUAUGCACAUAGCGUAGGGCCGCGCGAUGCUCCCAAGAGCUUGACAGGGUGCCUUGCGCCUGCGGCCGGGUACAUUGUUGAGAGCUUCCUUUCCACUUCGUCGAGCUCGCUGCGCUUCCAACCCCUUCUCGCAACUCUGCUAGCUGCCUUCCAGAUUCCGGACACGACGCUCUACCAGCGGCGCGCUCAGGUUGUGUCGGAGAGACUUACGACAGUGCUGGGGUUUGCUACCACACUGUUGCGGGUUGCCGACUACCUGAACCAAGCAUCAGCCAACAUCCAGACACAACUCUUCAAGUCUGCGUGUGUUGUUGCGCGGCUCCCGGCCAUCAGGCAUUCCUUCCGGAUGCCAGCAAUCGCCCUCCUGAGCGCGCUGGUGGAAAGCGCGGGGAAGAGCAGCGGCGAGCCCCCGUCUCUCCUUGGGUACCUGGGCCCACAAGUGUCUCGUUCCUUCAUCCAGAUUGCCGGGCAGCUGGACAAGCCGUUCGACAGAACGCCCGAAGUGGCGAGCACUUGGAAAUUCUUCUCAACCAUUCUCCGGAACAGGCAGCAAUGGAUGGCCAACUGCUUGCUCACGGGCAAGACGCCGCGGGAAGCUCUCAAGGGCGAAGCCAAGAUUGCCCAGCUCACCGCGGGCUCCGUGUUGUCAACAGCGUUGGAGAAGCUGCGUUCCAUCAGAAACACCCCGAGCCAAGAAACCCUCGCCAUACUCGACUUCUUCACGUCAGCCCAAAACUACUGGCCAUGGACCAUCUUUGCCAUGCAGAGGGAUAAAACGUUCCUGCAGGAACUUCGGGCCUAUGUCCGCGACCUCAAGUCCCCCGCGGCGGUGGCCAAAACCGACCCGGCCGAGGCGUGCUACCAGGCGAGGAUAGCAGCCUACAUCGCCGAGACGUUUGCUAUGCAGCUGUACCACCUGCGCCAGAUGCGUCGGGAGCAGGACUUUGCCGCCGAGGUGGUGAACGACUUGGACUAUUUCCUCCGGGACGGUGUCGCCGUGUCGGACUACAACUCGUCGCUCCAUGCCAACUUCGCCAAGAACUUCGCCCAGAGGUAUACCGGGUGCUCUAUCGAUGACUUCAAAAGGACUCUGCUAGUACCGCGGGAUCUGGGUUCCCAGUACUUCUACGCGCUGGACGUGGCUGAAUCCAUGCUUGGUCACGACGCUGGCUGGGCUGGGUCACGCCACAACGGCUUUCGGCGAGAGAUGGAGGCGGCGAACCUCAACCUCUCCUUGGUGGAGGCUGAAGUUUCGUUAUUCCAUGCUUGGGAGUACCUGCUCCUGGAGCUCAGCACUUGCCUACUGCCCAAGUACGGGACCGCCAGGCAGAUGUUGCAGGUUUCCGAGCAGUGCUUCGAGGCGAAUCAACGGCCGCAGCCACCAGAGAACAUCUUCGUCGUCCUCGCCCACUCGCGAGCAAACCUUGCCUUGACACUGCUGCAACGGCUCGCGGACUGCUCGCUCCUCCCCAAGGACAUCGGCCAGCUCCUCUCGCUCGUCUCCGCCACCAUCAACGGCGUCGAGUACCCGUGGAGCAAAGGCCAGAUCUCCUACUUCCGCACCCUCCUCAAGACCCUAUUCGUCGUCCUCCGCGGGACCAAGCAUUCCAACAACGCCGUCCCUCAAAAACCCGGCCCCGAAAGCUCCGUCGCCGUCACCCAGCUAGUCCUCACCACGCUGGACCGCGUCGUCGCCCGCUCCUUCCGCAACCUCGCAGCGCUCGUCCACGAGCCGGACGCAGCCACCACCCCCGAGGACCUCGCGCUCAUCACCGCCAUCCUGCAAGCCUGCCUCAGCGUCCCCGGCAUCGAGCAGUGCCAACUCCAAGUCCUCAACAUCAUGUCCUCGCACGACAUCCUCCAGGUCGCCACCUCGCUCUUCUCCUGGUCCGACCGCCUCGCCGACAAAGGCGACCCCAUCUACGGCGAACUCGCCCUGCUCCUCCUCCUCGAACUCUCCGCCCUGCCGGCCCUCGCCGAACAACUGGCCUGCGACGGCCUCCUCGGCCACCUGACAUCCGCCAAGCUCGCCGGCUUCAUGCGGCGCGCCAACGUCUCCCCGCUCGCGGACAACCCGGGCGCCGCGCGCUGCUACGCCGUCUGGGCCAAGGGCGUCCUGCCCCUCUUGCUCAACAUCCUCGGCGCCCUCGGCCCCACCAUCGCCCCCGAGGUCGCCUACGUGCUCAACCAGUUCCCCAACCUGCUGCGCGCGUCGGUCGCCCGCCUCGAGGCGCCCGGCCUCAGCCGCACCGUCCCCGUCGGGGGCGGUACGCGCGACGCGCCGCCGUUCGUGGUUGCGUUGGUGGCUGUCUCCGAGGUGCACUCGCUCGCGCUGUUGACGCGGGUGCUGGCGGCGCUAAGGGCGGCGAAUGCGAGGGAUAUUCCCGAGGUGGUGUGGGAUGCGGGCGCGGUGCUGGAGAAUGUGGAGUUUUGGCUGGCCAGUCGCAAGGUGUUGAGGGAGCGGCUGCUGCCGCUGGGGCCGAGGGAGGCGGAGUGGCGGGCUGUGGCGGCGGGGGAGGGGAGUGGGUGUGAGAAUCGGCUGGAGGAGAAGGCGGUUGGGUUGUUGGAGGGGGUGAGGGAUGUGUUGGCGGAGGAGGGGGAGUGGGAGUAA